GUUCCACAAUUGGUGAGGAACUUUGUUUCUUCUCCCUUGUUUCUCUCCUCUUUCCCCUCUGUUUUAAGCAAAACUCUGUUUCCCUUCAACUUUUGUUCCUUUCUUUCUAUCUGCAUUGCUCUUUGCAUUAAAAAGCUUGGUCAAAGGCUUUUGAUUCUUUAUCUUCCCUCAAUCAGAUUCUCUCAUAAUAAUAAUAAUAAUAAUAAUCAUACAAAAAGACUGUUUCUUUUUCUUUCCUUUUCCUCUUCUCAGAUCCCUUGUUUUUCUCUCCAGUUGCCUUUAUCUUUCUUUCUCAUUGGACCCAUUCUUUUCAAGUUCCAGCCUUUACCUUCAAUUUCACCUAUUUUUAAAUAACUUUGUUUUAGUUUAACUUGGCCCUUUUUCAUUAGGUUUUUGCAAGAAACCAAAAAUCUCUACAGAAAUUCAGGUCUGAGCUUAGGGUUCUUGAUAGAGGGUUGUCUUUUUUCUUGGUUUAGUUGGUGAUUGCAGAAUAGAAAAAAAAAUAAUGGCUUUGAAUUGGGAUGGUUUUGGGAAUUCCUGGAGUUGCAAUUGGGAUACUGAAAUCUUAUGUGGAAUAACUGAAUCAAAAGGGUUUUAUGAGGCUGUUAAUGAUGAUAUCGCUGAUAGAUUGCCUGAAGAUCCAUUUGGGAUGGAAAUUAGGUCUACUUUUGCUGCAGCAGUUACUGGUUUGUUUCAGGAUUUCGAGAAUGAUUUGUGGUCUGAUUUCUGUAUGUUUGGUAUGAAAAAUGAUGAAGAGAAAAAAAUUUCUGAUCAGCAACAUAUGUUUAAGGAUUUAAAUUGGCUUUGGAAUGGCACCAUGAGUUUUCAACCUGAAGAAGGUGUCUCUAGUUAUGGAUUUAGUUCAGAAGAAGUUGACAAAACUAUUGGCGAUCAAUCAUCUCACUUUCAAGGUGUGAAUUGGGUUUGGAAUAACUUAGAAAUCAACAAAAUAUCAGACUCAGAUGAUGAUUUUAAUGGAGUCGGGAUCGAUUUUGGACUUGCCAUUGGAGGUUCUUCGACCAAUGAUGAAGGUAAAGGAUUGGAAGAUUGCAAAGGAGUUUUUUGUGAUACUCUUGAUGGAGGUGAUCCAAGUGAUUCUUUGUUUUUAGCUCUUGGUUAUCUUGGUGUUAAGGACCUCCUUGCCGUCGAAAGGGUUUGUAGGUCUUUGAGGGAUGCUGUUAGAAGUGAUAUUCUUCUAUGGAGGAGCAUCCAUAUUGAACAUUCAUUGAGUAGAAGGAUUACUAAUGAUGCUCUUUUGAAAUUAACUAAUAGAGCACAGGGCACUCUGGAAUGCUUGAGUUUGGUCGGGUGCAUAAAUAUUACCGAUGAUGGCUUGAAGCAUGUACUUGAAAGUAAUCCCAAGCUUACUAAGUUAAGUUUACCAGAAUGUACAGGGCUUAGUUUUGAGGGUAUUUUGUUGAAUUUAAAAGCCUUCAAGUCCAUUGGGUCUCCAGGAAUAAAACACUUAAGAAUAGGUGGAUGUUUCUGUGUAACCGAGGAUCAAUUCAAGGAGUUAAAGUUUUUACUCGGUGCGGAUAACUCAAUACAAUCGAGAGAGCAAAAACCGCAAUUUUUUCGUCAAGGUCAAUUGCAUUUCAUGUGUGAUGAUGAUAGGGUGAUUGAUAUUGAGAUCUGUCCUAGAUGCGAGAAACUGAGGUUGGUUUAUGAUUGCCCGUCAGAGAGUUGUAGAAAAACACAUAACACUGCUCAGUUGUGCAGGGCUUGCUUUCUCUGCAUUGCUCGCUGUUUCCAUUGUGGCAGCUGUUUUAAGCAUUGCGACUACGAGGAAACAUUUACGUUAGACUUGCUUUGUUUUAAUUGUUUGAAGCAUAUCUUAGGGAGUGAAGAGAAUCCGGAAGUAAUCGGUACUUCCUAUCAGUUUUACUUGUAUGGCUAAUUUAGAAGUUCGAAUUCCCUUGUGCUAUUGAUUGCAGACAACUUUUUUUCGCACAACUCGAACUUAGCAGGUGGUUAUUGAAUAUGUCCAUGGAUGCACAGAGGUGAAGGUUAACAUAAUCCACACGGGCAGUUCUUGGUCAUUGAAUAUGCAUGCAUGCUGUUCUUU